CACACACACACACACACUGAGCCCACCUGCUCGGCACACACUCAGAGCUGAUGAAGCGAUAACAUCCUCAGUAGCAUCCGGAACAUGGGCUUUUCUUAAGGGGAUUUCCAGGACACAUUAGAAACAUGUGACACAAUUCUUAUUAGUCGAUGAAGCGAGUUUUCCUCUGGAUAACAGCAGCUUUGUGAAUGGGGAAAGUGGGCGUUCUGCGGAAUAAUCUCUAGCAUCAGCUGCCCUCAGCAUGUCAGGAAACACAACACUUCUGCUUUCCAGCCCCACAAACAUCUUGGACAACUCUUCUGUGCUCAAUGUCUCUAUGGCACCACCCCUUCCUUCCUGGGAGACCCCAACUUUCACCACAGCUGCUCGAUUCCGUGUUAUUGCCACCCUAGUGCUCUUUGUAUUUGCAGCGGUCAGUAACUUGUCUGUGCUGCUAAGUGUGACGCGUGGUCGGGGCAGGCGCUUGGCUUCACACUUACGGCCGCUGAUUGCCAGUCUGGCAUCAGCUGACCUCGUCAUGACUUUUGUGGUGAUGCCACUUGAUGCAGUGUGGAAUGUGACGGUGCAGUGGUAUGCUGGGGAUGCCAUGUGUAAACUCAUGUGCUUUCUGAAGCUGUUUGCCAUGCACUCAGCUGCGUUCAUCUUAGUGGUGGUGAGCCUGGACCGGCACCAUGCCAUCCUGCACCCGCUGGACACACUGGAUGCGGGACGCAGGAACAGGAGGAUGCUGGUGACUGCAUGGAUACUCAGCCUGCUCCUUGCUUCCCCACAGUUAUUCAUUUUCCGGGCAAUUAAGGCCAAGGGAGUUGAUUUUGUCCAGUGUGCUACACACGGAAGCUUCCAGAAGCACUGGCAGGAGACGGCAUAUAACAUGUUCCACUUCGUCACACUCUAUGUGUUCCCUCUGCUUGUCAUGAGCUUGUGCUAUACACGUAUCCUAGUUGAAAUCAACCGCCAGAUGCACAGGAGCAAGGACAAAGCAGGAGAGCCUUGUCUGAGACGCAGUGGAACGGAUAUGAUUCCUAAAGCUCGUAUGAAGACCCUAAAAAUGACCAUAAUUAUUGUUGCAUCAUUUGUCAUUUGCUGGACACCAUAUUACCUUCUUGGGAUCUGGUACUGGUUCCAGCCACAGAUGCUGCAAGUCAUCCCUGAUUAUGUUCACCAUGUCUUCUUUGUUUUUGGAAACCUCAACACAUGUUGUGAUCCGGUAAUAUAUGGUUUCUUCACGCCAUCGUUCCGUGCAGACUUGUCCAGAUGUUUCUGCUGGAGGAACCAAAAUGCUUCAGGCAAAUCUCUGGUGCAGUUCUCUGGUCACAGGAGAGAAGUCAGUGGAGAAGCAGAGUCAGACUUGGGAAGUGGUGAACAACCCAGUGGACAACAAGCACAAAUGAUUUGAACUCAGUUAUGUUUUUGAGGGAAAUAUGGUGGUUUUUUUUGUUUUUUUUUGUUUUUACUUCUGCCUUAUCUGCCAAUCUGUAACUGUUCCAUGUGCUUUAGAAAUCUCAAAUCAUGAUUCAACCUAAGCGCAGUUAGAGAUCUCUAUUACAGGCCACUUCAUAUGUAACCAGAUUCUGACACAAAUUAGGUUGCAUUGAAUCUGUAAAUCUAUAAGACUGGCUUUGACAUGAAACAGUGACAUAUUUAUUUGCAAACUGUCGCCAUUAAUUAUAUGUAUAUGCAUAUCGGUUGUGAAUGGUAGGAGUGUGUAGGGUAGCUCUUACACACAUACCUCAGUUUUAGGAUGUUAUUAAAAGAGAGUUGAUUUCCAAGACCAGCAGUAAGUUACAGUAGUACAGCAUUAACUUGAAGCAAGAAUGCAAGGGACCUGGUAAAUUAUGAAAGAACACAGCAGUAGUUCACCAAAGAACAGGCUUUGAAUGUGAUGAAAAACUAUUUAACAGCACUCUCAAGGAUAUUCAGUAGCAAUAUAACUUUCACAUAUUUCCUCGUACAUUAAAGAAUGAGUACAUGAACACAACCUCACAAGUUUUGUUUAUUCUCUUUAUAUCGUACUUUUACAUGCAGAGGUUUGCAUGUUCUCCCUGUGUUUUCAUGGAUUUCUUCUGGGUAUAUAUGGCACAAUUGGGAAUGGUCCAUGAUGUAGGCAGGUUCAUCACACUAAAAGAUCCAUGCAUACUAUGAAUACAAUAUGAUUCUUUUGACCCAUGAAUAUAUAUAAGUUUAUGCUUUUUGUAGGCUGCUUUUGAUCACAUUGACUAAAUGACUUAUAGAUGUUACUGACCAUACGUAUUUGCUAUAAGAAAGAUGUAGGAGUAGGAAUUUGUACAGAAUUUGUACUGAUAAAAAGCAUGUCUUCAUCAUUGGAACUUUGCUCACUUAUCUUUAUUGAUGAUGUGGCAGCAGCAGAGCCUGAGCCUGAGCUCUGCUGAUCAUGUGUAACAUCAAGCAAACAAUCUCUGGGGAAAAAGCAUGUAACAAUUCUACUUAAACAAAAACUAUAUAUUAAAUCUCAUGUGGUUUCCAUGGUUAUUCUGUUGUGUUAAAUUCAAUAGAUCCUCUGACUAACUUAAUAAUCGGAAUUAGUCAUAUGACGGAGUAAAUUGAAAAAUAGAUGUACUGUAAGUGCAGAUAAGUGGACACCUGAGGACACAAACACCUGAGGACAUAAUGGGUUGCUUUUUAACUUGCUGAUUUAAUCGUUAAAAAAACCCACUGAUUAAAUUGGUUUCGCAUUCUGAUAGCUACUGUAUAAUUACAAUAGAUACUCUGAUUACGAUGUUUUUGUGUCUGUCCUUAGUUCUGGGAUUUCAAAAUAUCACACCAGGAUAGUUUUCCACACAGAAGCAGUGCUCCUUCCUCAUCAAUUAUUUAGCACAGGCAUCAACGCUUUGUACACAAGUAGGCUAUAAAUAAAAAAAGCGAGACUGAUGAAGGAGAUAAGGCAAGGAUUAAAGUAAAGUCACUGAUACGGUAUAUCUAAUGGACGCAGUGGAAGAUAUUGGCUUGCAGUACAAAACAAUCUGAAACAAUAAAUAUUGCAACAGAACAGAAACCAUCCAAAGAAGAAGAGAGUGAGCAAGUGACAAGCUUGGAUGUUUGUGUGCUUUUUCUUCUUAGAGAGAAGUGUGUAAACCUUUUUUUGUGCUUGGAAAGUUCUGGUGGUAUACUGCAAAAAAUUAUAUCCUAGUAAGUAAAACAACUUUAUUUAUUGUUUAAUUGUUUGUUGUGUAAUGAUUCUAUUGACAGAAUGCUAAUUUCAGGCAUUUAUUUCUAGAGAGAAUCAAAAUUAUGUGCCAAUAAAAUGAAACAAAUUUAUGCCAGAAAUUAGUAAGCUUAGAAUUUGUUAUAUAAUUAUCUCAAAAUGAGAAAUAACAUUUUAGGUUGUUGAAAAUAAAAUCACUUGAUAUCAUUUUUUUUGCAAUGUACAUGCUCAAAAGCAGUAAUAUUAUACAGAAUUAACUAAAACACGGUGGUGUGCUUUAUGUAGCUGUAUGAAUGCAGAAUAUGAGUAUUGGCGUGUAAAUGCAUGCAUGUCUUUGAAGAGAGGUUUGGAUAGAAGAAGAUGUCUCUAGAGAGAGCUGGAGUUUGGUGAAAUGAAAUAAAUGGCAAUGUUGUUUCCAGAAGCUUUAAUUAAUACAGGAUUGAAACAUUUGUUACAUUAUAUUUGAAACAUUAUGUUAUAUCAUCCAUUGGGAUUAAACAAAAUGCUGUAUUAACGAUCGAAAUAUCAUUAUACAGUAUGUGUACUUUGUCGUUUUGGUUUCUGUUCAUUUUGCAUAAAAUGUGGUGAUGGUAUCCAUUGCCAGUGUUCUUGUAAUAUACAUUUACCACUAAAUAGUGAUAUAGUUGCCCCUGAGACCUUCUACACAUUUAGUAUUUUCAUAUUUAAUGAAAUUAUUGACAGAUAGAAAAAAGGACAUAUGGUUUUUGACUCUAUUGGAUCACCACAACAGUGUCUUAUAUGAAAAAUAUGUACGUGAUCAGUGUAGCAGGGUAAAGUGUUUUGCGUAUACACAUUACUGUCAACCUAGCCCUAAUAAAUCUAAUCUGAUCUUUUCUAA